AUACUCCAUGCGCGAGUUCGUUUGUAGUUUGAAAGUUAUUCCGCCAUGUUGUGUACACUUACGUAUAUGGCGAUGAACAUUAACGAGAAAUGAUCCUUUGCUACGACAAAUCUCGCGAUAAUGGCUGAUGUGUCGAACUUCGAUGAAGAGUUUAAAUCCGAGAGGACCGUCCGCAAACGCAGGUCGUCGAUUUUCCAGACGCGCGCUGUGGUGCAUAACCGCGAUGAAGAUGACAAUGAAGUUAUAACCAACGACAGACUCACAUCAAACAAAGACGAAGGAGAAUGCAAUGCAAAGGACGAGGCCUUUAAUCUGAAGGAAUAUAUAGAGAGGCUCAGGCAGGAGCGAAGGGACUGGCAGCAGGAGUACAGGAGUCGUAAGACACAACGGAGAAACUUGACCAAGCAGAAGGCGAGCGCGGAGGGACAGGGACAGGUUCUCGAUAUAAACGUACUGACCGAGGCCGAGAGAGCCUUCGUCUUGACGCGCCCCAAUUACGAGCACAUCUGCAGGAACAGUCAGAAAUUGUUGGACGUGGCGUUAAGGAUAUCUACACUCAGUCAACAUGUACAUAAAUUGAAUCGGAGAUUCAUGGAGAAGAUGGAGGACAACAUAUCCAGGGCCACCGUAAACGUUAUCAAGCGCUCGUUGUAGGAGCAACAGUGAAGCGGAGAGCAGCGUGGUUUUAGGUGUAGUUUAUUCUUUCAGCUCUAUUAAAUUUACAGGCGACAGGAGCAUCAUAGUAAAAGUAUAUAAAUAACACUUAAAUUAAUUAAAUACACAACAACACUACGCACGGUUGAUUAUACAAUACUUACUUCGCGUACGACAGUCGCGUUCCUCGGCGUAUUCACACCGACGAGAUACGAGAUAAUAUAAUAUGUAAUAAAUAUACGAAAUAAUUUAUACCGA